UCAACGACACGGUCAUGGAUAUGGGAUCAUUAAUGACAGAGUGUAUGCCCUUCAUCUUCCUGCUUUUGCUAACACAUAAUGGGGUUCAUGGCGAUACAUGGAAUGUCACCUACAACUCUACAUAUAUCUGUGCUCUGGAGGGAUCAACACUAAAUUUGUCCUGCUCCUACCGUAGCAAAUGUAAAGUUAAAAAUAAAUACUGGAUAAACCAAGACUCUCAUAUACCUGUUGAUUUAUCUAAGAACAAUACGUACAAACACAGGGUCAAAGUGAACUGUGGAGAAAGUCAGUGUUCUCUGUCUAUGACUAAACUAACCAAACAAGAUGCACAGUAUAUGUACUAUUUUAGGAUUGAAGGCAAUUGUCAAGAAAGAUGGAUAGGAAUACCAGGGAUCUCAGUGAAUGUCACAGACCUCCAAGUUGUUUCCACUAAAAGGACGAAUAAUGUAACCAAGGGGGAUGCCAUCACUCUCACCUGCAACACCACCUGUAAACUAACCAACAGCCCUUCAUUCAUCUGGAGUAAAGAUGGACACCCUGUAGAAGAGAAUCAGAUCAUCUACAACCAGCUGCAGCUCCACCCAGUCGGUUCCGAAGAUGAGGGCAACUACACCUGUGCCGUUAAAGGACAUGAGGAUCUCUCAUCUCCACCCUACAGACUCAAUGUACAGCCAGGUGACCAAAGUGCCGUGAUGAAUGUGCUGAUCGCUGUGGCACUGUGUGUAGCUGUUGCCGUCCUCUGUGCCAUCUCCUGGGUCUGGUUUCGCAAGAGGCGCAAAGAGAGAAAAGGAGAACACGUAGAGCAACAGAGGGCAACAUCCAGUGACGUGCUCAGGGCUGAUGCCGCCGGAGGAGGAGGAGGAGGAGGAGCGCAGGAUGAUGGUCAGUACUGCAACAUUAACUUCCAGAGCGCCGGCCGGGGUAGAGCUGCUGCUCCCCCUAGUGGUGCGGAGGAUGAUGGCCACUACUCCACCAUCCAGCCCCACAGCUCUGGACAGACUGCACGAGGUCAGGAGAAGGACGUCCAGUACACCAGUGUCCAGUUUGAUGAAAAUAGGGGAACAAUGAGUCCGUUGGGGCAACCAGAAGGAGACACAUCAGUGAUCUAUAGCCAUGUUUCCUGAGGAGCCGUCUGCAACCAACACCGCACAGUCUGGAAUGCAGCAACAUCAUCUUCAAUUUCAUCCACCUCAUCAUCAUUGCCAUCAUCAUGCUGAUCAUUAUCAUUAGCUAGAAAGCCUGAGGACCUCCUCUGCAUUCAUGACCCCACAGUCUGACAGUACACACACACACACACACACACACACACACACACACACACACACACACACAGAGUCCACCACUACUAGCACCAUUGCAAUCUCUACCCUUCCUUCUCUACCCUUGAUCACACCGAACAGGCCCCAACACCCCGAUCUGAUCACACUGAACAGGCCUCAACACCUCGAUCCGAUCAUACUGAACAGGCCCCAACACCCCAAUCUGAUCACACUGAACAGGCCCCAACACCCCAAUCUGAUCACACUGAACAGGCCCCAACAGCCUGAUCUGAUCACACUGAACAGGCCCCAACACCUCGAUCUGAUCACACUGAACAGGCCCCAACACCCCGAUCUGAUCACACUGAACAGGCCCCAACUCCCCGAUCUGAUCACACUGAACAGGCCCCAUCACCCCGAUCUGAUCACACUGAACAGGCCCCAACACCCCAAUCUGAUCACGCUGAAUGAAUGGUGUCAUGUGAACUGUACUCAUGCUGUGAAACAGAUCUCAAUUUGUGUCUCGCCUUAAGAUCUCAAAAUAUUUUUCCUUCUCAAUCUAUUCGUAUUUCAGCUUACCCCAGUUUUAUGACACCUAUGAAGUGCUCUAUUGAUCACAACAACCAUAGUAAACAAUGGUUAAACAAAGCAGGCUUUGCAACAAUUAAAUCAUCUGCAAGCAAGAUAACUAUCCAACAUUCUUUCAUCCCUUGAUGUACAUAAUCAUGAACAAAACGUUGUACUUGGUGUCUCUUCCAUUACCUUGGUGGACUUGGUGUUCAUACAUCUGUGACAU